AUGACCGAGCAUGUCUCGACCGGACGGCGGUCGCAUCGAAAGUCGCGAACGGGCUGUCUGCAGUGUAAAAGGCGCAAGGUCAAAUCUCCAUCUACACGUACAGUACAUGUCGUACAUCACAUCUACAACUACGUCUGGCCGUGUCAUCCAGCUGAUCAGUUUCAGUGCGACGAGACCAAACCCGUCUGCAAGAACUGCAUCCGCCAUGCCACCGCUGCACAGUGUUCGUUUGAGCCCGUGUCGGCGUCCAGGAGUUCGAGCCUCUCGACCCAUCGAGACGACGUCUCCAGCACGACUUCUCCUCAGACGUCGUCGGAUUUUGCUCCUACCAGCACAGCUACGACUGCUGCUCUGCGACCGCGUGGGCCGCCCCCCGAGCUAGCCCUGCUCGACCUCGAGCUGCUGCAUCACUAUUCCACCUCGACCAGCUACACGCUGUCGCGCCAUCCGGCCCUGCAGACCGUGUGGCGCGUCCGGGCCCCCCAGAUCGGCUUCUCGUCCGACUUUGUCCUGCGGGGCAUCCUGGCCAUUGCGGCGUUGCAUAUCGCCCAUCUCCGGCCCCUCGACAAGGAGAUCUAUGUCUCGCAGGCGCAGGUCCACCAUGAGGCCGCCCUGCAGACCGUCGCGCCCAUCCUGCCCGCCGUCAUGGACGAGAACUGCACCGCGCUGCUGCUCUUCUCGUCGCUGACGUGCUUCUUCUCGUGCGCAAGGCCGCGCAAACCGGGCGAUCUGCUGCUGGUCGAAGGCGGCCAGCUGAGCGAAUGGCUCGUCUUCUUCCGCGCGACGCGGACCAUCCUGCACUACGACAAUGCUGCGCUGCGACAGGGCCCCAUGGCGCCCAUGUUCAUCAACGGCGACCGCUCUGUGCAGCUGCGCGAGGCCCGCGCCAGCGAAGGGCAGAUCUACGUCCGGGAGCUGAAGCAGCUGAUCCAGGAGGACGUCGAGGAUCCGGCCGAGGUGGCCAUCUACUUCGCCGCGCUCGACGAGCUGAGCAAGUCGUUUGGCGUCGUCAUGGACCCCGAGGGCGGCCGCUGCGAGCCGUCCGACGUCUUUGUCUGGCUGAUGCAGGUGUCGGACGAGUUUCUGGCGCGGCUGCGCGAGUCGAGGCCCGUCGCGCUCGUCGUCUUUGCCUAUUUCUGCGUCAUCAUCCGCCGGCUGGAAUGGGCGUGGUGGCUGUCCGGCUGCAGCGUCCAUCUCAUGGCGGGACUGUAUCAGCUGCUCGAUAACAAGUAUCGCGUGUGGCUGCAGUGGCCGAUGGAGCAGAUUGGAUGGGUUCCGCAGGCUGCUAAUUAG